AUGCGGAAACUUCGAAGACUUGGCAAAAAGAAAGAAGCAUCAAAAACCGUCGGUGAAGACAAGUCUCAUCAAUCACUUAGAAAGCGAAUUUCUAAUAAACUACACAGAAGAAAAGGACAUGAUCCUUCUAAGGUGGAUUCAGUACCGUCAACAUCAAAAUAUAUUGCGGAAACUACUAAAGCGGACUGCGAUUAUACCAAUCCAGUGCCGCCUCUGGCAGAACAAGGCAUAGGAGUGAAUGUUCCUGCAUUUUACCUAGCUAAAAGUGCGGCUCUAGCAUGCUUUGCAAAUGGUCGGCACACUGGCCUGGUAUUAGACUGUGGAGCUUCGUGUGCCUCAGCAGUACCAGUUUAUGAUGGUCGAGUUCUUCUUCAAGGAGUUGUCCGUACUCCCUUGGCUGGGGACUUCAUUGCUCGGCAGUGUGCUAAACUCAUCAAAGAGGAGUUGAAAACGGAGCCCAUUCCUUAUUAUAGAGUCGCUGCAAAACAUGUUAAUUCCUCAUUUUUGUUAGCUAGAAAUCCAGAAAAUUCUCCUUUACUAAACUUGUUGUCUAAAUUCAGCUUUUUAAUUAUUUAG